AAAAAAGAUUCAAUUUUCAGUCGUUUCACUUAAAAAAAAAGGAUCCCAUUUGAGAGAAAGGUGAAAUGGAAGGAGGGUCAAACUCAGAAAGGCAAAACAAGAGUGUAAGAAAAAAGAGUGAGAAAGUGGGAUCUGUUUUAGAACCAAAAAUUGAGCCUUUUGUACCAAGAAAAGGUUACGACCCAUUAGAGUUGAGAUCUUGGGCUAAGCGUACCGGUUUCGUUUCGACUUUCUCCGGCGAGACCGACAGAAGUGCUCUAAGUGGGAGGAGAGAUUUGAACAAUGGUAGUAGUAAUGUUGGUAGAUUUGAUUUGGAGAAGGGCAUUCUUGAAAAGAAUGAGUCCAUAUCGCCCAAAUUCGAUAUCGAUCCUAUUUUGGGUAGGACUCGAAAAACGGGUCCCGAGAUCGAACCCGUUUUGGGCGGUGGAAACGAAAGGGAUAGAAAUGGGGGUUUAGGGUUUAGAGAUGGAGGAGUUGUUAGAGGUGAGAGUGAGAUUCCGAGGAAUGUAGCACCGGGGGUAGUUUCGGAAACGAAAAAUGAAUCGAGGGGAGAUGGGAUAAGUGGGAAUGAAAAUGGGGGCGAUACGGUAAAUAUGGAGCAAAAGAAUCCGGAUCCGGAUAGAGAGGAUUCGGGUGACGGGGGGUGGCAUCGUUCGCCGAAAUUGACGUGCGGGUUGAAAGAUAAUCCUGGUUACGUGCCGGUUGUAUUCUACGGUUUGCAACACUAUUUAUCGUUGGCUGGUUCUCUUAUCUUCAUUCCCGUGAUCGUCGUACCUUCGAUGGGUGGAACCGAUAAGGAUACAGCCACUGUAAUUUCCACUAUGCUGCUGAUAUCUGGAAUCGCGACAAUACUUCACGCGUAUUUUGGUACUCGCCUCCCGUUGGUUCAAGGCAGUUCGUUCGUUUAUUGGGCCCCGGCUUUAGCUAUCAUGAAUUCGCGCGAGUUUCGGAAUCUCACUGAACAUAGAUUCCGGUACAUUAUGAGGGAAUUACAAGGGGCUAUAAUCGUUGGCUCGAUUUUCCAGUGCACAAUGGGUUUCACCGGUUUGAUGUCUCUAUUUUUAAGGUUCAUAAACCCGGUUGUGGUUGCACCGACAGUUGCGGCGGUGGGUUUAGCAUUUUUCAGCUACGGCUUUCCACAAGCCGGUGCGUGUGUCGAAAUUAGCCUUCCCGAGAUUUUAUUGGUUCUUGUUUUUACCUUGUACCUUAGAGGAAUAUCCAUCUUUGGCAACAGAGUUUUUCGAAUCUACGCCGUUCCACUAAGUGUAGUAAUCAUAUGGGCGUACGCGUUUUUUCUGACAGCUGGCGGUGCAUAUAACUACAAAGGCUGCAGUUCAGACAUACCGAGUUCGAACAUCCUCGUAGAUGCUUGUAUAAAGCAUGCAUAUACUAUGAAGCACUGCCGAACAGAUGUUUCUAGUGCAAUGAAAACCUCUGCUUGGGUCAGAAUCCCGUACCCCUUACAAUGGGGCAUUCCGAUUUUCAAAUUACGAACUUCGGUAGUAAUGAUUUUCGUAUCGCUCGUUGCUUCAGUCGACUCGGUGGGGACGUAUCAUACUACAUCGAUGAGAAUCAACGCAAAGGCUCCGACAGCUGGCAUUGUUAGUAGAGGAAUUGGAUUAGAAGGUUUUUGCAGUGUAUUAGCUGGACUUUGGGGUUCGGGUACAGGGUCAACUACUUUGACCGAAAAUGUGCAUACGAUUGAUGUAACUAAGGUUGCGAGUAGAAAAGUUGUCGAAGUUGGAGCAGUUUUCAUGAUCCUUUUCUCAUUCAUAGGUAAAAUCGGUGCGAUCCUCGCUUCGAUACCACAAGCUCUAGCAGCUGCUGUUCUAUGCUUCAUGUGGGCCCUAGUCGUGGCUUUAGGUCUUUCGACUUUGCAGUACACUCAAACAGCAAGUUUUAGAAAUAUUACAAUAGUCGGUGUUUCGUUAUUUCUCGGUUUAUCAAUCCCAGCCUAUGUUCAGCAGUAUCCACCAGAUUCCACUUUGAUUCUACCUAGUUAUCUUAUCCCUUAUUCAGCAGCUUCCGAUGGACCUGUUCACACCGGAAGUAAACAACUCGAUUUCGCAGUAAAUGCACUUAUGUCAAUGAGCAUGGUGGUGACACUAUUGAUUGCGUUUGUACUAGACAACACGGUUCCAGGUAGUAGGCAAGAACGAGGAGUUUACAUUUGGUCUAACGCCGAAGAUUUGUCAACCGAUCCAUCUUCUUUAUCCGAUUAUAACCUCCCUAGUAAGGUUUCUCGAUUUUUACGUUGGGCAAAAUGUUUAGGAAUUAGGUAAAUGUGCAGAAAAUUGUAUGGAAAAUUUUUCUAGGACAAACUGAAUUAUUAUAGCUUAGAUAAUUAGAUAUAUCAUUACAUAUUCAAUAUUGUGUUUUAAAAAUGGGAAACUGGCUUACACUUCAUUAAAGUAAUAGGUUUUUUUUUUUUUUUAAUUUAUUUAUUCAAAGGGUACACAUAUGUUAUUAUUGAGUAAACAAGAUUGAUUAUUACUUAGUUCUUGUGUUAUAAUUAUUCAUGUUUU